GAACAUCCUCGGUUGCCAUGGUGAUAUUGAUACAAACUGGACAAUGCUUGACAAAUGAGUCAAGCAAAUUAUUAAAAUUAUUUGUAAUUUAAUAUAUUAUGAUCAAAUUAUUGACUUCAAAACACGAGAAAUUGGAGCCUUUCGACUUUAAUUCACAAAGACAAACAAGAAAUGUCAACUGGACGAAAAGGAACAGUUCAAGCGCAAUAGCGGGGGUACUCAAUCCGGUCAGCCCCACGAAAAAGACCCAAAAAAGUCCAACUAAAAAACCGGAAAAACCUAAAAAAACAUGUUACUGCUACGCACCAAAAAAACUGAAACCGAAGCUGUACAAAAAACCAAAACUGCAACUCCAAAAAUCGGAAUCGGGUCACCUGAGACGUAGACGCAACACGAUUUGCUGUCACGCCAAGAUCCAAAGAAAUUACACCGAGGAAAACGAAGAAACUGGUCAAGUACUCGACGAAUUAACGGAAACACGUGAGGCUUACGAGGAGUACAGGAAGAAUUUGAUCAAAGACAGGUGUUCCUGUGCCUGUUAUUACCAUGAUCAGGCUGAGAAGCUGUACAGGGAUUAUUUCCGACUGAAGGAGAAUGCGAGGGUCAACGAUGUGGAGGCCCAGACUAGUACAUGUUUUAAAUCAACCGACUGCGUACACAACAGUAAAGAUGGACCGAAGUCCAACGCCCAAGUCCAGACCAGUGAGAGACUGUUAAAACAUUACGAAGGACUAAACCGAAACUAUUCACAAACCCAUAGUACUGAAGACGAUUACAGCUUGACAGAAAUAUUCAGUGGAAGCAAAACUACCGAUUACACUUCAAGAGAAACCCUGGUACCCAAGUCCCAUAAACAAAUCAGCACUGAUGAAGAAGAAUUAACACCAUCAGAUCCAGACGUCACAGACGUGUCCGCAGAAUUGUCCCGAGAUCCUACCGUGCAAGGCCUGAAGGAAUUCAGAGAGAGACACUUCUUCGAGACCCACAGCCUGCCCAAACCGCCGCCCGACCACCGUUGCGUCUACAAAUACAAAGUAUCCGACCGUCUGUACCCGGUGCCCCUGAACGCCGACCCCUACGGCGAAAAUCGUUGCGUAAUCUGCGACAAACCUAUGGAAAAGGGGCACAAACGCAGAAGUGAAACGCCGGUUUCCGGACCGUUGGAGAGUCUCACUAACAACUCUCACCAGUGGACCAACAAGCAGAUGGUGCAGGGCAUCAACGCCCAGUUUCAGAUGCAGCUGACCGAAAGGGAUGUCAAGACGUUCAACGAGUGUUUCAAGGAAAAGACCAGGUUGCCUUGUUACAAGAACUCGAUGGCGUUACGCCAGCAAAAAAUGUACGGAUCCAAGUUGAAAAUUUGAGAUCAUGUAGCUCAUGUUAUUUAAGAAACUAAUUCAAAUAUGUUACGUAAGAAUUUGUAACGAAAACAAUGUUAUGUUAAUUCUAAAUAAUACAAUUUUGUUAAACUUUA